AUGGCGAAAAGAAAGGAGGAGAAUUUUCUUCCCAUGGGGAUGCAGAAGAAGCAAAGGCAGGAGCAGGACAAUGUGUCUGAGGAGGAGAGCGAGGAGGAAGAGGAGUCCCUCAUGCCUCUGUCCCCCGGGACCGCCUCGACCCAGGUGAUAUCGGCCGAAGUCGGGAUCAUCGAGAGCAUCCAGCUGAAGAACUUCAUGUGCCACGCCAUGCUGGGGCCUUUUAAGUUUGGAUCCAACGUCAACUUUGUGGUGGGAAACAAUGGGAGUGGCAAGAGCGCCGUCCUGACCGCGCUCAUAGUGGGCCUCGGAGGGAAAGCUUUGGCCACCAACAGAGGCUCCUCUCUGAAAGGGUUCGUGAAGGAUGGGCAGAGCUCUGCCGACAUCUCGAUCACGCUCCGGAACAGAGGGGAGGAUGCCUUCAAGCCGAGAGUGUAUGGGGACUCCAUCACGGUGCAGCAGCACAUCAGCCUGGAGGGCAACCGCAGCUACAAGCUCAAGGGCCAGACCGGAAAUCUGGUUUCUACCAAGAAGGAAGAGCUCACGGCCAUCCUCGACCAUUUUAACAUCCAGGUGGACAACCCCGUGUCCAUUUUGACCCAAGAGAUGAGCAAGCAGUUCUUGCAGUCCAAGAACGAAGGGGACAAAUACAAGUUCUUCAUGAAAGCGACCCAGCUGGAGCAGAUGAAAGAGGAUUACUCAUACAUCAUGGACACCAAGGCCAGAACCCGGGACCAGAUUGAGCAGGGGGAAGAGCGGCUUCUGGAGCUCCGGCGCCAGUGCCUGGAGAAGGAGGAACGCUUCCAGAGCAUCGCCGACCUGAGCGUGAUGAAGAAGAAGCUGGAGGACCUGAAGCACGAGAUGGCCUGGGCCCUGGUGGGCGAGUACGAGAAGGAGAUUCAAGAAAUGAGGAAUCAGGUGAGCGCCGGGGAGGAUCGCACGGUGCGGCUGAUGCAGAAGGUGGAGGACUGGCGGGCCAGAGUCGGCGUGGCCGAUAGGAAGUUUAAGGCUAUUCAGGAUAACUUGGAGAAGAUCAGCGAGGAGGCCAUUGAACUGGAGCCCAAGUGCAUUCAAGCCAAGGAGGAUCUGAUCCACAAGAAGAAGGCUUACAAUGACGCUGAGGUUUUAUAUAUUCGCUGCCGUAAUGAGUUUAGAGGGUUGGAGAAGGAUGGCGAGCAGCUGAGGAACCGAAUUGAGGAGCUGAAGAGGAGUGCUAACCAGAGUUUGGAGCCAGCACGGCAAGAAAGGCAGAAAAAAAUUGCUUCGUUGAAUGAAAAGCUCAAGAGCUACGAGGACCAAGAAGAUUUUCUGGGGCAGGAGAUGGAGCGCUUCCGGCAGACUAUAGAGAAAGACAAGGAGGAACGGUCCCGAAUCAAGCAAGAGGAGUCGGAUGUGGUGCAGACCCUGAACACCAAGCGCAGGCACCUGCACCAGCUGAAGGAGACCAGGACCAACCGACUCAAGCAGUUUGGCUCUCAAGUGCCAGCCCUCCUGGAGGCCAUCGAGGACGCUUACCGCAAGGGCCAGUUCACCCGCAAGCCCGUGGGCCCACUGGGAGCCUGUAUUCGCCUGCGCGACCCCGAGCUCGCCUUGGCCAUCGAGUGCUGCCUCAAGGGCCUCAUUUUUGCCUUUUGCUGCCACAACUACAAGGAUGAGCGGGUCCUCCAGGGACUGAUGAAGAAGCUUUAUCCUCCGAACGCCUCCCGGCCCCAGAUCAUCGUCUCGGAGUUUCGCAACGAAGUGUACGAUGUCAGCCGCAGAGCGGCCUAUCACCCGGAGUUUCCCACAGUGCUCACGGCUUUGGAGAUCGACAACGCGGUUGUAGCCAAUAGUCUGAUUGACAUGAGGAGGAUAGAGACCGUGCUGCUGAUCAAAAGCAGCCCGCUGGCCCGCGCGGUGAUGCAGUUGCAGAAACCCCCCAAGAACUGUAAUGAGGCUUUCACCGCCGAAGGCGACCAGGUCUUUGAGCGACGCUACUACUCGUCGGAGCGCACGAGGCCUCGCUAUCUCACGGGGGACGUCGAGAAAGAGAUCAGCCAUUUGGAGAAAGAAGUGGAGAACAAAGUGGCGCAGCUGAACGUCUUCCAGCAACACGUGAGCUCCCUGGAGAGUGACCUGCGGAAGAAUCAAGAGCUGGUCAGCAACCACCACCGGCACCUGAAGGAGCUCAAGAUUAAAAUAAAAAAGAUCCUUCUAGAAAUCAAAGAUCUCGAGAAUGAAGAAGAAAACCAGUCUGUGGACAUCUCGACUCUGGAGGAGGAAGACGAAGAAAUUAAAAAGCAGAUGAAGAAAGUGGAGGAAGAGAUGAAGGUUCGGAAGGAGGAGCUGGACAGCUUGAGGAAGCAGCGUUCGGAGGCCGAGCAAACGUACGAAGAGUUCAAGCUGAAGAUCCACCAGGUCUCAGAGUUGGCGGAGCCUGUGAAGGAGGAGCUGAAUCAGGCUUACGCCGAGGUGGACACCCAGAAGCGCUCCCUGCGCCACUACGAGGAGAAGCUCCGGCAGCACACAGACACGCUCACGGCGAAGAAGGACGAGCUGUCCCAGACGGAGAAGGAGCACCAGGAGAAGAGCGCUCUGGCCAGGAAGAUCUGCCCGGAACGGAUCGAGGUGAAGAAGAGCCCCUCUGUGCUGGACCGGGAGAUCACCCGGCUCCGGCAGAAGAUCCAGUCGGAGAGCAACAGUCACGGUGACCGGGAGGAGAUCAUCAGGCAGUACAAAGAGGCCAAGGAGACCUACCAGGAUCUCGACGGCAAAGUCAAGAGCCUCAAGAGGUUUAUCAAGUUACUGGAUGAGAUCAUGACUCAGAGGUACAAGACCUACCAGCAGUUCCGCAGGUGUCUCACCCUGCGGUGCAAGUUGUACUUCGACAACCUGCUCUCCCAGCGGGCCUACUCCGGCAAGAUGCUCUUUGACCAUAAGAACGAGACCCUGGCCAUCACAGUCCAGCCGGGAGAGGGGAGCCAGGCCGCCUUCAGUGACAUGCGCUCCCUUUCCGGGGGGGAGCGCUCCUUCUCCACUGUCUGCUUCAUUCUGUCCCUGUGGUCCAUCGCGGAGUCGCCCUUCCGGUGCCUGGACGAGUUUGACGUCUACAUGGACAUGGUCAACAGAAGAAUAGCCAUGGACAUGAUCCUCAAGAUGGCUGAUUCCCAGCACUACCGCCAGUUCAUCCUGCUCACUCCCCAGAAUAUGAGCUCUCUCCCCCCAAGUAGACUGAUCAGGAUACUCCGAAUGCCGGACCCGGAGAGGGGCCAGCGGGCCCUGACAUUCCAGCAGGCCAACAAAGAGCAGGAGGAGGACUGAAGCUGGCCCCGACUUCACGCCCCAGAGCCUGAGCAUGCGCUCCGGCUCAUACGGGCCCAUCUCAGCGUCUCGAGUUUUUCCCUGUGCUGUGGGUGAGACUGUGCGACUUUCCGGGUUAGUGUUUGAGAAUUAAGUGUUGUGGAGAAAGGCGAGAAGCCUCUUUGUUCCCCAGUAGUGGCGUGUGUAGCUCAGCCUUGGGCCAGUACCACGAGAACCCUAACCCUGCAUCCUCUGAGCGCAGCCUGGCGCAUGCGCCCCCCUGACAGGCCCAGAUUCGAGAGCUGGGCCGACGUGUCUGCAUGAGUGGUGCUCCCGAGUUUUGUGUUCCUUCUUGGUGUUGUAAGUUUCCAAUAAAUGUUUUAGAAUGCU